CCAAGAUGUCUGCGCCCAUGAAAUGAGAUGUGUCAAAGAAAUUUUCAGUUGUGAAACCUAUUUUCUACAAAAUUCAGAAACAUGGUAAAAAAUUCUGACUUGUACAAGAAUAAGACCAUGCUUGCCCCAAUGGUCAGGGUUGGAACUUUACCCAUGAGGCUGCUUGCUGUGAAAUACGGGGCAGACUUGGUAUAUUGUGAGGAAAUUAUUGACUUCAAAAUUCUCAAGUCAAAGAGAAUUGAGAAUGCUGCACUUGGAACAGUGGAUUUUGUUUUGAGUGAUGGAACCAUCAUUUUUAGGACAUUUCCUGAGGAAAAAGACAAACUUAUCUUUCAAAUAGGCACAGCAGAUGCCAAAAGAGCACUGAAAGCUGCCCAGAAAAUACAAGACCUUGUUGCUGGUGUCGAUGUUAAUAUGGGUUGUCCAAAAGAAUUUUCCAUUAAGGGAGGAAUGGGAGCUGCUCUACUUACUCAACCAGAAAAGGUCAAAGAGAUUCUGACCACCCUUGUUAAUGGACUAUCAGUUCCUGUCACCUGCAAGAUCCGAGUCUUUCCAAACUUGGAGGAUACACUCAAGUUAGUCAGACUGAUAGAGAGUACAGGUGUGUCAGCAGUAGGUGUCCAUGGUCGCACAAAAGAGGAGAGACCGAGGCAUCCUAAUCGUAAUGAUGUCAUCAAGACUAUAUCAGAGACUCUCUCUAUACCAGUUAUUGCUAAUGGUGGAUCUAAGGAGAUAAAGGUGUAUGAAGACAUUGCUGUGUUUAAGCAUGCUAGUGGCUGUUCCUCUGUUAUGAUAGCUAGAGCUGCUGAGUGGAAUCCUACAAUAUUCCGGCCAGAAGGAAAACUUCCACUUCUAGAAAUUGUCAAAGAGUAUGUCAAAGUGGCCAUUGACUGGGACAAUAACUGGGUGAACACUAAGUACUGUGUUCUACAGAUGAUGCAUGACAAUAUGCUGGACUUCCCAGAAGGGGAACUAACUCAGGCAGCAAUGAGCAUGGAGGAAAUCAGUGAGAUCUGGGGAUUGAAGGAAUAUUUCUUAAAGGUCAGAAAUAAUUUGACCAGAAAACAAUCUGAUGAAGAACAGUCAGAAGAUGGGAAGGUUUCUGUUGUGACAAAGGAUGACGGGGGAUACAGGAUAUGUAUGCCACUACGGUUUGAAAAGAAGGAUUUCUCCAUCAAAAUAAGCCCCAAACUUAAACUGUUUGAGUGGACCAAAUCCAAAAACAUCAACAAGCCAGUAUAUAUUACUACUGAGAGAGCUGUGGAUAGGAACUUUAACUGUGUGCUUCAUCUGAACAACAAUGAGUUCACGACCCCUUACUGGGAGAAGUCCAAACAGCUGGCAGAGCAGGCGUCUGCUGCCGUGGCAACCACAGUGCUGGAUAUUGUUGACGGCCGCGUAGAAGAGCCCUCAGAACAGUUAGAAAAAUGUCGAGUUCAGUGGCUAGGGCUUAAAAUUGAUAAAAACUUGAUCAACAUUGACAAUGGAAAUCAGGAAAACUGUGACAAGGGGAAGAACUCUGAUAUGUCUCAGUCUGCAAAAAGAAAAUGUGACACUCAUGCCGGUGAAAGAAAUAAAAAAGUCUGUCCUGAUGAAGAUGCUGGCUAAUAUUUAGCCAGAACAACCACAUUUCUAUUCAGUUCCUUUGAAUCUUUUUACCAUUCUUUUUGUUUUGUUUUGUGUUGCACACUUUCUGGAGAGUAAUAU